UUGAUAUCGGAGGAAAGUAAUAAAAAAAAUACUAUACUAUACUGGAAUGGAAUAUAAAAAAUAAUUAAAUAAGUAAUGUAAUUGCUCUUUUGUUUUGUACAAAAACAUGCGUUGGAUUGCGAGCGAUAUUCGAUUUAUCCGUUUGCAGCAGCAUUGAGACCCCCGGAAAACCAACUACGGCGAAACGCCAACCUGGAAUUACAGUGUUUCCAAUAGAGCCGCAGCAUUGUCUCCCGCCCCACAGCUUUCCCCCAGAAAAAACAGCAACUUGGCCUCCGCCUCCACCUCCGCCCGUUGCCACCGUUCCUCAAGGCCCCGCCCGCCGGCCACGGACCGCUUGAAGCUUGCCACGCUUAAUCAGCAAAUAAACAAACGGAAACGGAAGAGUGUCGAAGGGCAACUGCAGCUCCUCUUGUGAGUAAUCCGGAAGUUGGAGCAGCAGAAGCGUGGAUCCUCAUCCAUCCGUCGGCUGAGCGAUGCAGUAUAGGCCACCAUGGGUUCACAGACCUUGGAGAUUCUGCGCCAGGGCGUGUGGGCCUCGCUGACCGGCGGUUACUUCUACGAUCCGCACCAAGGUGUCUUUUGCAACGUGGUGCACCUUUACCUGUGGCUUUACCUGCUCUGCUCGCCCUUUGUGGCCUACCUGUACUUUCCAAGCACUUGGUUGACAUGGUGCCUGUACUGCGUGAUUACCAGCUUGACCAUUUUGAUGGUAAAGCUGGCCAAUUUGGCGCUGCAUCGGCUAUACGAUCGCGCCCAGACCAUGUCUGAGGUGAACCUGAAGGGCCAAUUCUUCAAGGUCACCAAGGAGACGGAGUCACGCCAUGACGACGAGGGCGGCAUCGAGAUGAAGGUCAUCCGACCGGGUGGCUCACGCAUUUCCGUCGAGCAGGCCAUCAAUGAGGCCAGCGAGGAGAACAGCAUCAUGUCCAUCGACAAUGUGAACAGCAUCAUUGAUCUUAAGGUCGAUGUGCAUCGCAAGAACAGUUCCGAAUCUAUUGAACUAAUGUUCUACGCACCCUCCAUGCUGUCAGGCGGCAGCCAGCAGGAUCAGCAAUCUCUGGCUGGUUCUGCCAGCGUCAGCAAGUCCAUUCGGAGCACGGGACCAGGCGGAAAUUCUACCACCAGUGCCGCCGCUCAGUCGGAUCUGUUCAACAAAUACCUAACUGUCUAUCCAGAGGUUGUCGAGGCGGCUGGGAGCAGUGCGGGCAGCGCCGAUGGUGGUAGCAGCGGCGGCGAAAGCAGAUCGGGCGGAGCUGUUGGAGCUUUAGGUCCUGCGGGAGCGGGAGCACCACCUGUCCAGCAUGUCCGUACGGGACACCUGUCGCGCAAGUGCUCCGAAGUCUUUAGCCGGCGCCACCGACGACGUCUGGAGCGCCAGAGCAGCUUGGACACUGCGGCAGCGGCUGCCAACUCUAGCGUGGAAAAUAAGUUGAUGCGGAACCAGUCAGACACGAUAGCCACAGCGGCUCCUUCAUUUCUUCACUCCCAGCCAACGAGCAAGGCGCGCGGUCAAACCAAUCCUCGCCAGCACUUCAUAGCCAGCACACCGUCGGCGGGCAUAGGCGGGGGAGAUGCACCCUCUUCUUCCACCGCCGUCGUCGUAAUUGCCCCAAACUCGAAUUCAUCGGCAAAUCCCGGGCGAUCCACUCGUCUACAGCGCCACAGAAGCUCGGAAACGCACGACGAACGGCUUAAGCACCAGAGCCGUGGCGGUCUUUUUCAACCGAUCCUGCAACUUCCGCACCACAGCGCAGCCAGUAGCAUAGGUGCGUUAGCGGUGAUUGGCGGAGGUGGAAGUGGCACUGCAAACGAUGUGGAAGAUAUGGAACUAGGUCUGGCCAGGAAUGCGGGCAGCGGCGGAGUCUCCGACGUCCGCAGCCGGGCACUACAAUCCUGGAUAUUAGAUCCUUUUCCGGAUGUGUACCUAGAGGACGAUAGCUACACCAAAUCUGAUUUGGGUAUUGAACAGCCGCAUCAGCCGACUUUCCGUGCCCAACAUCAUCAUCAUCAUCACCAUCACCCCUACCUGCAUCAUCACCUAGGCGGUUCGAUUAUCCGUAAGGAUCCCACUAGCACAAUGUCCGCACUUCAGCUGGCAGGAGGCGCCCCACCGGGAGCAGGAGGAUCGGGUACUGGAGGAAAUGGAGCUGCAGGAGGUGGUGGUUCUGCUGCCGGGAUGAAAAGACGGAGACAUUCCAACGCAACCAGCUACAAACAUGGAUCAAGCCAGGGCAACAAAUCCUCUCUGGUGGGCGGUGGAGGAAACAGGGGUCAGGCCGGAGAAGCAGGAACAUCAGCAGGAAGUGGUGGAGCUGGCGGUGUAAGGCGCAUCAAGAGCGCCGCCUUGGAGGUGCUUUGUCCGCAGCCCUCCGUAUCCAAUCUCAGUCCGCAUCCAAACAGCGUGGAAGCCAUCUCGGGUCAACAACAGAUGCGGAAUCCGCUGCCACCUCCGAGCAAAAGUCUUGUGCGAAACCAGCACCUCAAUCUGUACCCAACUCAAGGAUAUAGCGAGGCAAAUGCUUCCGCCGGAAAUGGAGUACCUGGUAACGGCAGCACCUGCAGUAGCCUAUUCUUCGGAAGCUCCAGCGCUUGUGGAUCUACAACGGCUCUAAUUGAACCUCCAGUGUAUCCCAUUGUGGAGCAUUCUGACGAGAAGACGGUACACGAGGAACACGCCGACGUUUGCUCAGGAUUGGGUCAAGGUAACGCCGACGAUGACGAUGAGGUAGACGAUGUCCCAAUCCGAAGAAGAACGCGGGCGUUGGGCUGCAGCCAAACGCACUACAGUGCCGAAUCGGAUGUGGGCGGUUUCCUGGCAGACGUCGACGCCGCUGCCGAGGACGUGUUUAAAGAUUUCGACGACAACCUGGAGCACAUUCUUAGCGAACUGCAGCAGACGCACAAUCAACUGGAUGAUGUCCUAAAAACCCACGAAAUCCAUCACCACUCGCAUUUGCACCAUCAGCAUCAUAAAGGGAUACCAACGGAGAGCGCAGGAUCAUCUGGAGCCCCUCCAGAUGUGGCAGUUGUGGUAAUUGGCGGAAAUGAUGAUGAAGACGAGGAAGCGGAGGAUAACAACACAGGAUCGCGUUCCCCGCUACUUAGCGACCGCAAUCGUAAUCAAGCAACGCUGCGAGAGAUCCAGGCGGACAAGCAACUGCGCCAGGAGCUGUCUCACCAAUCUGGGGCAGUAAUCCCGGCCCCUAUUGCACCCGUUCCCAUUCGCAGCGAGGCAGAUUCGGGCUGCCCGUCCAGCGAUUGCGAGCAAGUUAGUGCUAGCUCCAAGGAUCAACUUCUAGCUGGCAUGGAGUCAGAGCAGCAACCCCAUCAGCAGCCCCAAAGAGGCCAAUUGGACGAGGAGCAGCCCUGCACAUCAAAAAUGGCAGCAAAGAGCCUGGGAGCCAUUCCAAAGGUGGUGAAAUACCGAGAGGUGGAUGAACUUAGAAGAAGACGAAGAGGAGGCUCACCCGCAGAUGCUCCCGAGGUCAGUAACGAGUUUGCUCUGGUAAAACAGACCAAGAUGGCCUCCCGCAAUUCUUCUUCCUCAAAUUCAACGCACAGCAUCAGCUUGUCCGACAGCUUGACGGCUGACAUUCAUAAGAUGCUAUGGCUUAUGCACGGCGGAGCUGUAGAUGAGCGCGGCAGACCCAUUACUGGCCGAUCGGCGGACGGUACUCCCAUCCCGGCGAGCAGCAGCCUCGUUCCGCCGAACAUGUCCAACGCACACUUCCAGUUCUAUCAGGAUGCCAUUCAAGCUCUCCAGGGUGCCCAUUCCACUUCCGGUUCUAGUGUGGAGCACAUGACCAACAUAGAGCGGGCAUUGGCGAGGGAUAAACUGCGUAUGGAUGCCAAGUUGAUGUGCGAGCAACUUGCAGCGGCAGCGGAGGCGAACUCCGGAGUUCGUGGAAACACUCUCGCAACCCAACAGAUGACGCAACACCAGGUCGGCAUGCUAAUGCGAGGUAGUUCCAGCUCGCGGCAUCCAUCAAGCGCACCAUUCUCUGUCCAGGGAUUGAUUAAUGUGAUUCGCAACGAACGGCAGGUGGCACGCAGCCAAUUGGACGCUUUGCAGCAACUCAGUGAUGCGGCAGCGGCAGUGGCAGCCAACGCCAGUGAGGCUGCUUCUGUUUCAGUUUCUGGAGCUGGAGGCGGAGCGUCGAGUAGCGGUGGAGGAGUUUUAAGCGCCCUAGGUCUGGCGAAUCAUCCUAGCAACCAGAUCAGCCAAAUUAGUCAAAUCAGUCAUUUGAACCAACAAAUGCUGCAUGUGGAUGCGCAACAUUUUGCACCAUACUGCGACUAUUGGAGGCCUGCGUGCUUCCUUUCCGCAGCAGAAAAGCCAGCAGCUCCCAAGAGUUUCUACAAGUACCGGUUCAAAUGGUGCGGUCAGGAGCACGAGUUCAAGAUAGCCAUGGACCGCUUGGAGCUCCUAGCUCUGUUCGACCGGGAUCUACAUUGGAUGCAUGUGCUCCUGGCCAGCAUGCUAUGCACCAUGGUAGCCUGCUUAGGCGCGGCUAUCCUGCAGCAUGACCACUACAAGGAUCUGUGCGCCCUUCUCUUUUGUGCGGUAAUCGCUGGAGCUCAAUACUCCCUGGUGAAAAGUGUUCAGCCGGAUGCAGCGUCGCCAGUUCAUGGUUUUAACAAGACGGUAGCCUAUUCGCGGGCUAUAUAUUUCUGCCUAGGGGGAGGUAUGCUCCUUCUCCUAAAACGAUUGGAUACAGACUAUGGGCAACGGCCGCCGGACCCUGUGACCUUUUUUGGCAUGCGUUACUCGCCCGCCGAUGUGGUAGCUCUUCUGUUACACUCCCUCUACAUCCUCUUGCUGUGCUUUCCCAUCAUCUUCUCGGUGGGACUGUGUCCGCAGAUUAACACGUUCCUUAUGUACCUACUGGAGCAGAUUGACAUGCACGUCUUUGGGGGAAAUGCUGCAAGCAGUCUGCUAGGCUCCUUUUUGUGCGUUGUGCGCUCGGUGCUUGCUGUUAUGCUGUUGUACGGACCACUGUACGGAGCAUUAGAUGAGCAACGUGGCACGCAGUACAUUCUAUUCUCAAUCUUUUGCGCCAUGCUGGUGCCUCUGAGCUACCACCUGUCCCGGUGUGCCAGCGACUUUAGCCAUCUGUGGCGGCUUAUCAAAACAUGUAUUGUAAGUACGUAUCGUGACGAUGAGGACGAGGAUCUAAGCCAAGUGCAACAGGCAGCGGCAACCGAAACAGUUAAUGCAACAGAAGCUGGCACUACCGUCCAGUUACCCACCAGUACACCAAAACAGCGCCGACAGCCAGAUUUGAAAACAGAGCAGGAGCAGAUCGAACUAAGCUCGCUGGAAAAGCUAACUGCCAAUGAGAACCAGCAAGAAAAGGAGAAAGAAGCCGACGAUCAACUAGAUCCAGAACAGGAUCUGCAUUUGCUUCAGAAGCAUAGCAAGUCGAAAGCCUCGUCCUUAGGCAGCAGCCAGCAAACCCUGGCCAAGACCAUAAGCAGCAGUAAGAGAGUCAUCACAGCGUCUAGUUCAUGUACCUCCAUAGGAGCAGGAGAACCAGCGGCGGAAGCCGGUACAUUGGCUGGAGAAGCGGUGAAGAGUGAAGAACAUCGCGGGGAUAUACUGACCAGUGAGGAGGCAAGCAAGAACGAACUGGCGGAUGCAUAUGACCAAGCCGCUAAUGAUGAUGAGGCCGAGGACAAGAUCUCAAGCUCAUCUGCCACAAAUCCCGGAGAUAUGUCUACGUUGACAGCUGGAGCGGGUACUGCCACUACAGAUGCCACACCGGCUUGCUUGGAGGCAUAUCCCGACGCCGAAGGAGAAGCGCCUGCCAAUGAAAAACAACACCAGGGGAAUCUGGGAACAGGAACUGGAACUACCGAGGCCAGUGAAAACAGCAGUGGUGGUGGUGGCAACGGAAAUGCCAAUGGAAAUGGAACUGGCAAUGACCUUCCGGAUCCACUGCCAAGAAAGCUUCAGGCCACCGUAACCACUCGCCUGAAGAAUGAUCUGGUGGUAAUGACCCUUUUAGCUGUCAGUGUACUGGGGCUACACUCCAGCACUGUGUUUACCGCUCUGCAACCGGAUCUCAACGUAGUACUAUACUCUUUUAUUGGCGUUCUGGGACUCCUGCUUCACUACAUUGUGCCCCAAAUGAGAAAGCACAUGCCGUGGCUUUGCUUCGCUCGUCCAUUGCUCCGGCAACGUGAAUUCGGCCAGUACGAAGUGCUUAACGCGCCUAAGAUCAUGUGGUUUGAGAAGUUAUACAUUUACCUCAGUGUGCUGGAGCGGAAUGUGCUCUUUCCGCUGCUGGCUAUCUCCUCUCUGACGGCGGACUCGCAGUUAAUUGUGACCAAGUUUGGAUUACCUUGGGGCACCCUCAUUGUGGCCAUCUGCGCUCUAAAGUUCGUGAGGAACGCUUACUCCGAUCCAACCAACCAGUACCUGAUCAUCAUUUUUACGGUUUUGCUAUUCCGCAUCGACUUUGCCAUGGCCACGGAGACCUUCAUCAUUGACUACUUCUUUGUAUCGCUGGCCUUCCGCAAGUGCUGUGACUUCCUUCUGAAGCUGCAAUUCAUUGUGACUUACAUUGCUCCGUGGCAAAUUACUUGGGGCUCUGCCUUCCAUGCCUUCGCACAGCCGUUCAGUGUGCCCCACUCGGCCAUGCUGUUCUUGCAGGCAGGUAUAUCUGCCCUGCUCUCAACUCCGCUAAAUCCUUUUUUGGGAAGCGCUAUUUUCCUUACAUCGUACGUUCGACCCAUUAAAUUCUGGGAGCGGGACUACAACACACGUCGGAUAGACCACUCCAAUACGCGGCUUAGCUCACAGCUUGAACGGGAUUUGGGUGCAGAUGAUAACAACCUUAACAGCAUUUUCUACGAGCACCUGACCCGUUCUCUGCAGCACUCUCUGUGCGGAGAUCUCCUAAUGGGCCGCUGGGGAAAUGUGAAUCAGGGAGAUUGCUUUGUUCUUGCUUCUGACGAUCUAAACUGCUUGGUUCACAUAAUUGAGCUAGGCAACGGAUUGUGCACAUUCCAAAUGCGUGGUUUGGAGUUUCGAGGCACGUACUGCCAGCAGCGCGAGGUAGAGGCAAUUACCGAGGAUGUGGAGGACAACGAUGGCUGCUGCUGCUGCGAUCCAGGGCACCUGCCGCGACUACUCAGCGCUAAUGCUAUGUUCUCCACCCGCUGGUUAGCCUGGCAGGUGGUCGCCGCCCAAUAUGUGAUCGAGGGGUACUCCAUAUCAGACAAUUUAGCCAGUGCCACGCUGCAGGUGUUCGAGUACCGUAAGGUGCUCAUCACCUACUACAUUAAGAGUAUCAUAUACUAUGUGGUGAAGAAUCCCAAGCUGGAACAGUGGCUGGCAUCCGGCCCCAUUCAGGAUGCUCUGCAGCACACGCUGAGUCGCCAGUUCGUCGACCUAGAUCCCAUUUUCAAUUUUAAUUUAGACGAGGACUUUGACUUUCGGGCGGUGGGAAUCACACGGUCAAGUUUUUGCUAUGUGUACCUAAAAUGGAUUAACUACUGCGUGGACAUGCGCCGAGAUGCUGCCACUAUGGGAGCUGCGCAACCUACACAAGCACCAGCAGGUACUGGAGGAGCGUCCUCCGCCCCAGCAACGGCGGCCGCUGCUCCUCCGCCUCAGGUCACCCCUGCCCAUAAUGAUUCGAAGAGCACCCCGAAUCUUUCGGCACAUGGUGGAACAGCCGGUCCAGCUUCGGGGCAAUCAAAAUCACAGUCGCAGCAGCAGUUGCGUCGUCCGCAAAAGAGUAUUGCUCAGGAGAGCAGCGGAGGAGGAGUAGGAGCUACAGGAGGAGUUAAUGUCAGUGGCACAGGAGGAGGACCAGACACCAUUGGCGCAGAUCAGCAGCUGAGCAGCUCUCAUAGCUUUGCUAAUAUAUCCCGGCAAACAUCAGAAAGUGCUCCAGGACUUGGUGGUUAUGUGACCUAUAUGGAUCAAAACGUAUUCGUCAAGCUGGCCAAGAGUAGCACCACCACGGGAGCAGGAGCCGGAGGUCCAACAAAUCGAAAAGAAAGUCAAGAAAAGCCAACACUUCGAUUAAAGCUGGCCAGCGUGGGUAAAGAUGCACCGCUGGUCUCCCUUUGCCUGGCCCUGGGCCUUCUUGCCAGGCGAUCAUUGGCCACCGCAUCACACAGUUCACUCACAGGUGUGGAGUUUUUUCUACACGGUCUGCAUGCCCUUUUCAAAGGGGAUUUCCGGAUCACUUCGCCGCGCGAUGAAUGGGUUUUUGCGGACAUGGAGCUUCUUCAUUCAGUUGUGGCUCCGGCGGUUAAAAUGGCACUUAAGCUUCAGCAGGACCACAUUACCAAUCCCGAUGAGUUUCUGGAUCCACAUGCCCUUUACGAUGCCAUCGACAACUGCUCCAACGAGCUAGUCAUUUCGCAUGAGGCGGAUCCUGUAUGGCGAAGUGCCGUUCUCCGAGGAGCACCCAAUUUACUAGCUCUGCGACACGUUAUGGAGGAAGGGUCGGAUGAGUAUCGCAUUAUCCGGCUGACGAAGCGUUGUCUGAGCUUCCGGGUGAUCAAGCUCAACCGGGAGUGCGUCCGAGGCUUGUGGGCAGGUCAACAGCAAGAGCUGAUCUACUUGCGAAAUCGGAAUCCAGAGCGCGGGAGCAUCCAAAAUGCGAAGCAGGCGCUACGCAAUAUCAUUAAUUCCAGCUGCGACCAACCGAUUGGGUAUCCCAUCUACGUGUCUCCACUAACUACCUCUUAUGCGGAUACAAACGCUCAACUGUGUGAGGUGAUUGGAGGCGCCAUUACAUUGGAAACUAUACGACACACAGUGCUGGGUUGGUGGCACCGCAUUCGUGAGCGCUGUCGUCAGGGCUGCAGUUCGGGAUCUGCUCUAGAGCCGCAUCCGGGAUCAGGACCCAUCCAGCUUGGUGCCUGUAACUUUGGAAGCGGCGGCAGCGUAGUAGGUGCAGGAUCAACAGCCACUGGAGUAGGUGCCUCAGCAGGAUCUGGUCUAGGAGUAGUUGCUCCAGGCACUGCCAGCAGCACGGGUGGUGAAUCCGGUGAUUUGGCGCCCGUAUUUAUCUCUGCUCCACUUUACAACACUCUCACAGUAAACAGUUACUACAGCGUGCGCUCAGGAAAUGUUCCUGGAGGAGCUAUUCCCGCCAAUCUAGGCGGAAACUAUGUAAGUGAUAGUUUGGCAGUGGUGCGUGGAGGUCUGGCCGUAAUGCCUGUGAAACCCACCUCCACAACGUUGAUUGCCGGUCUGUUGAACAGAGAACGAGAUCAGGAAACUUCCGGAACUGGAGUUGGAGGAACAGGAGCUAGUGGGCCCAUCAGAGCAACAAGUAGCGGCGGAGUUCGCAGUCGCAGACCUGCUGAAGUUGGUAGCAGUCGAGGCAGAGACCAUGAGCGCAGGGCCACCUUGCCCAUUGCCAGCGGUGGAGCAGGGGGAGAGUCUGGAAAAGAUUUGGCCACACCUCAAACCCAAGUGGAACAUGAGCCAAGUCCGCGCAGCACAAAGCUUUCUUCAUCUUCCGGCAGCCUUGGUCUGGGAAUGGGAGUUGGCCUGGGCAACAUUAUUACCACGCCUGGAGAUUAUCCACGGAAGACCAAGGGACCGAUUUGCCUCACCUCCGUUGAAACGGGAACGAGUGCAUCAAUAGCGGAAGGAAAGCCCGCAGGAUCGGGACCGGUAUCAGGAACUGGAGGAGGUGCAGUCAUCCGAAAGCCGCGCAUUGAGAUAUUCAAGAAGGUUAUUAUAGUGGAUGACACUGGGAUUUACGACUGCCUAGAUAUCAUCGAUGCCGUAGUGUGGCCCACCGAGCGAAUGCGCAAUAACGGCGGUAGACUGUCCUGGAAGGAUUGGGAGCCAAGUGCUGGCAUGGUCGGCCAUGUGGUCCAUUGCUGGACGCCCAACCACAAGGACGUGCGCUUUCGUUCACAUGUCAACCGGUACGUUUACCUCGUGGAGAUCGGUGACCACUACGUGCCCGUUGAGGAGCUGGGUCUAAGGGAAUACAAUCAGAUUAUGGGCAGCACCGAGGACAUUGCCAAUUCGAGGCGCAGCUCCAUUCAGCGUGAUUUCCACGAGUACAACAUCCAACUAAAGCUGGCGGGCUUAACUCCAAUUAUUGGAGGCACUGGAUCAUCUAAGCCGACAACCAGCAACGCCUCUAAACCGCACAAGUCCAAAAUCCAAGCAGUGAGCAGCAGCAGUUCUGAGGAUGAGGACACUUCAUCUGCUCGUUCCAUACCAUUGCCACAUGACGAUCCUGGCGAUUUGACGAACUUCACCAGAUUGGUCAGUAUGUGGAAGGAGAUAAUCUUGGACAACAGCAAGCGAAGACUCUAUGAUAUGGGUGAGUUGUCGCCGGAGUUGCUUCAAAAACUGGACGAUGCCGUUCACCAGCAGCAACAAGGGGCACCUGCUGAGGUGACGGAGGAGGAAGUCGCAGCCACAGCCACAGUCACAGACACUGCCAAUGAAGGUGAAGAAGGGUUAAGGGAAAUAGAAAAUGCACCAGAGCAGGAAGAGAAGGAAGUAGUGGAUUCCCAGGAGCAAAUGCCGAUGGAAGAGGAAACCGUUUUCAAGCCCGAAGAGCAGCCAGCUCCACCAACACCUCCGUCUAGUCCCGUUCCUGCUGAGGCCGGCUCCACUUCCAGUGCCAAUUCCCCAACUUCUCCUUCUCAGAGUCAGGAGGAGGGUGCAGUCGAUGCAGAGGAGACCCGUGAAUUGGCCUCGGAGGAGCCACCAAGCGAUGGGAAUGACAAAAGCGAGACGGGGACAACGGUCUAAAGGGAUAACGAUGGACCUGCCAACACAAGAUUUGCAUUUGUUUGCCAAGCAAACACACUAACGGCAUGGACUCACACCCAGGUAAACAUGGCCAUGGACACAAGUUUGUAAUACAUAUCAGCAAAGAGCAGAAAUAUGAAGACAGAUAUUGCAGAGUGGAGACGACGACCCUGCUCCGGGCUUCCGCAUUGUGUGCCUCUUUGCAUGGGUGUAGCCCCAUAUCCGAACACCGAUCGUGGCCAGAGUAACAAACAACAAAUGAGAACACUUCCAAGAAAUCAAAGUAAAGUUUAUAAAACGACUGCGUUUAGUGUAUGCUUAGCAAUUAGGAGCAAACUACAAUAAUUCAGACAAAAACAAAACAAAAAACAAAGAAUUCAAUAUUUAGUAUUAAUGAAAAGUUAUAGAUUAUACUCAGUAUAUAGGAAAAAGAGCGCAAAUCGAGAGCAAGAGCUUGGACAGAGAUCAUAAGAUAGAUAUCCAAACAAAUCUUGUAAUUUGCGAAAUGUAUAAUACGGAAAAGGAAAACCAAAUGCUUCUCAAACAUUACCUAUUUUGUUCUUUCUCCUCUUGCUAGCCAAUACAGAAAUAUUAAGCAAACCUAAAGAAUUUAUAAAUGUAUAUUUAAAGGAAAUUAGUUUAAAGAUAAAGUUAAUGAUCCCCCACACAUAUAUACACACACAGACACAAAACAUACCAAAAUUGAUUGUUAAAGAGUACACAAAUUAUACAGAAAUCGCAUAAAAUUAGCAUAAGCGAUAAGCGAACUUCGGACAGGAUUCAAGUUACAAAACUAAGAUAUUACACACAAUUCCUAGACAAUUAAGAGGUUAAGGAUGAGGACGAGGAUCAAGUGGAAUGACGACAUGUAAAGCUCUCACGUUGCCUUAAUAUAUUAGACUGAUUUUUUCUACACACACAUUUGUAGACGUAUGGAGGAUGACAUUCGAGGAGUCCCAGUCAGGAAGUCUGGGAAGUAGGAGGAGCUGCAGCAAACGGAAUCCUAAUCCCAAUCCCAACUAGCGAUUUACAUGUACAUAUAGGGAAGAGCGAAGCUAAGCGAACAAAGCUACAGUUUGUCGGCCAAUCCGAAUCCAAUCGUUCCGUUCGUUCGAUGCGUAUAUAACCAAGGCAUAUACCCACUAUAUAGCCACAUGCCCAAUUAGCCAAAUCUCUCAUAAACACAAGUGUAAAUGCUAAUUUUUCACAACCAGCAGAAGGAUUAACUUACGAUUAAUUAUCAAGAGAGAAAAACUAACAGACAACAAAAAGAAAAAACAAAAUACAAUGAAUAUUGAUUAUUUCUAUGUACAUAUAUGGAUUGUAUUAAACAUUUAUCGAAACUUAGCUGUUAACAAAUACAUUUUUAUUCCCCCUCACUCCACUCCAUUUUUUUAGUUCCAUUUAAAACAAAUUUCAUAUUUAUAUUAUACAUAAAAAAAUUAUAUAAAUAUAUAUCAAUUAAAUAAAUAAUAAAUGAAACUUGUUAUACAAAAGCACCUGCAGUUUUCUACCUUUUUUAUUUAGCCUUGGGGUUCUUUUCCAUCCACUUGUGCCCACAAAGUUAAGCAGAUUCUGGUAUUCCUCCAAAUGGGCUAAAGACAGACUGGAUUAGUAAUCGAGGAUCGCUUAUCCAGCCGCGCCGUUUGUGAAUCUGCUUAUUCCUCUUUCGUUGGAGACCUUCGAUCAGGUGGAGUCGUGGAGUCUUUAAUUAUCCUUUGUAUGUGGAAAGGAAAGCUCACCUAUAUGUGCUCACACAACCUCGCACUCUUGCUGAGGGCUA